CGAGCGCGGGUCGGUGCAGGCCUCGCGUCCGCCUGCCCAGCCGCCCGCCGGCUCGCGCUGCGGUGGGUCGGCGGGGCCUGCGCGGGCCCGGGCCCAUGGCGGCGUCGGUGGCUGUGACCGCGGCGGCGGCGGCGGCGGCCCUGUCGGGCCUGGCGGUGCGGCUGUCGCGCUCGGUGGCGGCCCGCGGCUCCUACGGCGCCUUCUGCAAGGGGCUCACGCGCACGCUGCUCACCUUCUUCGACCUGGCCUGGCGGCUGCGCAUGAACUUCCCCUACUUCUACGUCGUGGCCUCCGUGAUGCUCAACGUCCGCCUGCAGGUGCGGAUCGAGUGAGCGCCCGCGGCCACAGCGGCCCGGUCCGAGGGUCCCGCGCCCGCCCCCCGGGCAGGGGCGCCGGCAUGAAGGACGGCGGGGCCGCCCGGGGCCGCCGGGACGCGGCGGAGGGAGGAGGCGGGGCGGCCACGGCCCCUGGGCCCUAGACCUGCGCGGGAGGACGCCGGCCUCCGAGCCGCCGG